UCAUGCUGCUGCCAGGUCCACAGUGUCUCAUGGGUCCCUGUACGGCCUCCCAUUGCUGCUGUCUCCAUCGCCACACUCUGCCAUGUGCCACUUUCAGGUCUCCUCACACUGCUGCUGGGUUCCAUUUUGUCAUAGGGUGCUGGCAGAUUACGGGCCUCCCAUUGCUGCUGCCAGGCCCGUAAUCUGCCAUGGGCCCCUGUACCGCCUCCUCAUGCUGCUGCCAGGUCCACAGUGUCUCAUGGGUCCCUGUACGGCCUCCCAUUGCUGCUGUCUCCAUCGCCACACUCUGCCAUGUGCCACUUUCAGGUCUCCUCACACUGCUGGUGGGUUCCAUUUUGUC